AUGAAGCUGAGUGAAUCAGGAGAGGUUUUYGAGGUGCUCGAGGAUAAAGAAGGAAAGAGAUUGAGGUUUAUAAGUGAAGUGGAGGAGAAAGAUGGUAAGCUCUGGAUUGGCUCUGUUCUCAUGCCUUUUCUUGGUGUUUAUGAUUUGUAG